AAAUUGUACUUUGGAAGCUACUACAGAUAAAGAGAUGGGCAAAUCUCAGAUUCUUCUAGUCGCUGAGAGCUUUACUUGUUCUCUAAAGACUUUGUUCACUUUAUGGAUCGUCUUCACCUUUCCAUUUCAAGCUCAAGCUGCUCCUUCUGGUUCUUUGAUUAAACACAUGUCCUGGGUUCUCAAGUGGACUACUGGAUCAUCCUCUAAAAUAUCCCAAUCAGACACUAAUGUUCUUCAGUUUGAGAAUGGUUACUUGGUCGAAACUGUUGUCGAAGGAAACGAAAUCGGUGUUGUUCCUUACAAGAUUCGAGUUUCUGAUGAUGGAGAACUUUAUGCUGUUGAUGAACUUAAUAGCAACAUCAUGAAAAUCACUCCUCCCUUGUCCCAGUACAGCAGGGGAAGAUUGGUGGCUGGAUCUUUUCAAGGAAAGACGGGUCAUGCAGAUGGAAAACCGAGUGAGGCUCGUUUUAAUCAUCCGAGAGGUGUAACAAUGGAUGACAAAGGGAACGUUUAUGUCGCUGAUACGUUGAAUCUCGCCAUCCGAAAGAUUGGGGAUUCAGGUGUUACUACGAUAGCUGGAGGGAAAUCUAAUAUAGCUGGGUAUAGAGAUGGACCGAGUGAGGAUGCAAAGUUCUCAAAUGAUUUUGAUGUCAUAUAUGUUCGGUCUACCUGCUCGCUGCUGGUCAUUGACAGAGGAAAUGCGGCUCUGCGCCAAAUCUCUCUCAGCGAAGAGGACUGUGACUAUCAAGAUGAUAGCUCAAUCUCUCUAACUGAUAUACUCUUGGUUAUUGGUGCUGUUCUCAUUGGUUAUGCUACUUGUUUGCUCCAGCAGGGUUUUGGAAAUUCUUUCUUCUCAAAGACGCAGCUAGAAUCAGAAACCAGCUUUGAAGAGGAGCAUCCAGGCAAAGAGAAACUCUCCCGGCCUGUCCAUGAGACAAAAGUAACCAAGGAAGAACCUGGUUGGCCAUCAUUUGGGCAACUCAUUAUUGAUCUCUGCAAACUGGCUCUCGAUUUUAUAACCAGCCACCUAGUUCCAACCCGAUUCACAACGAGCGAUAGUCUAAGGCCAUUAAAAGAUAGACUCAAAAUGCCUGAAGACGAACAAGAACCACCUCGAGUCCAAAGGCAUACUGCCCCAGCACCAAUCUCUGAAUCGCGACAUGCCCACUUGCCUAAAGCUGAUGAUAGUUACCCGGAACAUAAGACCCCAAAGCUAAGAUCAAGUAGUGUAAUGAAGGACCCUACUUUGUCAUCAUCCAAGCACCACAGGUCAUCAUCAAAACGGCAGGACUAUGCUCAGUUCUAUGCCUCGGGAGAGGUUGCCCAACCGAAGAUCCAUAAAGAGCGAUCAAGGCGUCGCCAUAGAGAUAAAACAACCGAGACAGAAGCAAAGCAAACACCAUCAGAUACGGUGAAGCCUGUAGAGUACAGUAAUAGUUCAAAGUUUGAUCAUUACAACAUGAGGAGCAGCAAGUAUGGACCUGAAACUCCAUUUCGAUUCUAGAAAGUAAAAUCACAUACUCAUCAGAACCCUUUUCUGAGUAUGUUGCGCCCUUCCUUUGGUCCUUACUUUGGGGAGAUUCAUUAUGUUUUCUUUUUGUUAGUUACUAAGAAAAUCUUAUUACACAGAUGAAGAAAAAGAAGUUAAAGGCUUUUCUUGUAACGAAGGAUUGAUGAAUCAUUACUGAAACUCUGAUUUGUUAUGAACUUAUAAAGAUUUACCCGAUCA